AACAAAACAAAAGAAAGAGGUUGAGAUUGUUAGUGGACGUGGUUCAAACCUGAAACCAAACUUGGACGUAUGGUAUGGCUUCAACAACCACCAGAAUGCUGAAGGGAAUUUUGCUAUUACACCUCUCUUCCACACCUCCCUCUUCUCUUCUUCGCAUUACUCGCGACCUUUCUCGCCCUUUCUUCCUCUCCUCUCUUCAGUUACAGCGUUCGCAUCCCGCCACUGCAAUUCGAUGCGCUUCCUCAGCUUCAGAUUCUGGGAACAACAAAGUAUCCUCUCGGCUUUCGCAGGUCCAUGAGCUUCUCCAAGAAGCUGAACAUCGAUCUCUAUCCGCUGAUUACAACGCCCCAAUUCCUAAAAUCACUUUGGAUCAUGUUACUGUGAGUUUUGCAAGAAGUGGAGGACCUGGGGGUCAGAAUGUCAAUAAAGUGAACACCAAGGUCGACAUGCGGUUCAAUGUUGGAAAGGCACAUUGGCUAAGUGAAAGGGUCAGGGAGAAGAUUAUGCAAAUGGAGAAAAAUCGUAUGAACAAGGAUGGGGAGCUUGUGAUUUCUUCAACCAAAACUAGAACACAGAAGGGAAACAUUGAGGAUGCUUUGGCAAAGCUUCAGGAAAUCAUUGAUGCAGCAUCUUAUGUCCCACCACCUCCCUCAGAAGAGCAAAAGAAGAAAAUUGCUAAGUUGGCUGCCAUAGGAGAGCACAAACGUCUCAAAAGCAAGAAGGUGCAAUCAGAUAAGAAAGCGCAAAGAAGAAGUAAAAGUAGUUGGGACUAAUACAUUGUUUUUCAGAAUCUUUAAACUAUCUAUCAUCUUAAGCACAGAAGUACAAUCCUUUAAUACUACCAUAAUUGGAUACAUCUUACAUAUACAUCAUGACAUCAGAUGAUUGGUUGAAGAUAUAAUCAAGGACUCGAAAAACAUUAAUCAACAUGAAGGAUAUCCAAAGUGGUUUUAUUGCUGCAUAGUGUUGGUUAAAUUUGUGACGCAGCUACGAUUUAGUGCAAUAGGAAAUUUUCAAAUUGAAAUACCAUAUGUUGCUUUUAUCUACAAUGUUUUCCUUAUCAGCUUGAGCUGCAAUUACGGGAAUUCGACGCGUGUCUUUACGGGAAGUCAACAACCCUGGGAACAUGUCCAUUUUUGUACUUGGGAAGGUUGGGUCCCUUAUGAUUUAGUUUGGAUAAGAUUCACUUCAGAGGAAGUGUGUUUCCCAUAGAGUGAAAGAAACCAAUUCCAGUAGUACAUUGCUUUACAGUUUCACUACAGAAACAUGAAAUGUUAUUUUCACUUGAUAAGGGUUUGGCAUUUGCUUUUGAUGGUAUGGUACUCUGAAGAAAACAAUAUUUUUUAUUUUAAUUUAACUGUUUUGGUGA